CUCAAACGUUCUAGAAGCAUCUGCUAAAAACUUUGAUAACACAAUUGUCAUAAAAUUAGGUUCUACUUGGUUACGAUUUAGUCACAGAACGGUAACGAUAACUUAGGCGAACUUCAACUUAUUACAACACUAGAAAUUUCCAAAGUUUCCAAGAAAAUUCUAAAUAUUUAAAUUAUAUUACCUGUCGGUAGUAAAUCGUUACCAAAUUUGGUGGAACUUCAUUUGUCGAAAAUUGUGUAACCGACUUAAUCCUAGAGAAGUUAACAGCCGAAAAUACUUCUCGUCAUGAUUUUUUCAAGAAUUACUAUCUUAUUAUUGCUUGUGGCAAGUUCAACUGCUUUCGUACAAGAAAUGACCCUUCAUUCAGGGUUGAGUUGUACAGGACCAGGAUUCACUUUUGAAACAAAAGAGCCAAACUUGGCAAAUUGGGAGUUUUUCUUGCCCUCAGUGCAAUCCAUAAAAGUUGUUGGAUGGUGGUACUUUUACACUGGAGUCAACUUCAGCCCUUAUCAGAGUCACACUAAUUUCAGGUCUUCAACAUACUGCUUCAAUUCUACGUAUCCCACAGUUUCAAAAUCUUUGAGAUACGUAGGCCCCUUGGAGACUACCACUCCAUCUAUUUCUAUUUAUGAUGGAGCGAGUGCGGUCAGCACAGAAAAAAUAUUCACAACCUCAGCUGCAAACAAUUUUGGCUUCGAGGCAGAAUAUGUCAUAGUUUCUGGCAUGUCAAGUUGGACGCUGUAUUAUAAUGAUGACUUCACAGGAAAUACCACAUGUGUAAAUGGUAACGGCGGCCUGGUUGGUUCUAACCGCAACUUUCGGUCUGCUACAAUGGGAUGCAACAGCCUCGAGAAUAAAGGAAACGCCACGAAAAUUGGCAAUCCUCCAACGUAUACUUUUUCAUAAAAAUUACAAUUUUAUUUUACUGAAAUUUCACUACAAAUUGCAAAAAAAAUUAUAAACACAAGGAGAGUAACAAAAACAUUACACUAAAAGUCAAUUUACAAAUUAAAAGAUAAUAAAUAUGCAUAGUCGCAA